ACGGCGCAGGGAGGCAACUCAAAGCCCACCGGGAAGAAAGGAGCGUGGCAAGUGUUCCUGGACUUCUUCACGAAGCCGGUGUGCUACAUGAUCUCUUUCUCGGCGCUUGGCAUUCUGCAAGGCUGCUACUACUCCUACCUCAUCGGCAUCAACACGACGCUCGAGCGGCGGUUUGCCUACGGAAGUCGCACGGCGGGCUUUGUCUUCUUCGCGGACAACUUCGGCCCCAUCCUUCUGGGUGUCUUCAUCGGCACGUACAGUCCGAAGAGACACAGACCAAGAUGGGUGGGAGUCGCUGCCGUCCUCAUGGGCACGUCGUGUCUACUCGCCUCGCUCCCCUACUGGCUGUUCGGAAAGGCAGACGAGGCGUUCAGCAUGACCGACCCCGAGGUAGAGUCCGACCUGAACCACUUCUGCCACGACCAGGAAGAGGAGAGGCGCUUCCAAGAGCUCAACUGCCGGCAGUCCCGCAAGUCAGAGACUCUUCCCGCCCUGCUGCUUCUGGUCAGCUGCAACUUUCUCACGGGCAUCGGCACUGCAGUCUACUAUUCAGCCGGCACGGCUUAUCUGGACGAGCUCAUUAAAAGGAAGAAUUCGGCCGUCUAUAUGGCAAUCAUGACCGUCGUCCGAGGUUGUGGACCCUUCCUUGGAUUUAUCAUUUCGGCGCUUAUUCUCGCAAUCUACGAAGACCCAUUUUACAACCCAGGAUUUGCCGACGAAGAUCCACGCUGGAUAGGGGCCUGGUGGCUGGGAUUCGUCAUUCUGGGCUUCCUCCAGCUGAUAUUUGCCGUGCCGCUCUUCUUCUUUCCCAAGCGGUUGGCUGAUGACGAAUCUGACAGGCCGACCGAAGAAGAAAAGGACAUGAGCAUAAGGGAAGCAUUCGAGGCUUCAAAGCGUCUCAUCAAGAACCCGAUAUUCGUCGCACAGAUGUGCGCCCACGUGUUCAAGUGGUUCGGUGUCCUGGGAUUUUGUACAUACGUGCCCAAAUACGUGCAAGAGCAUUUUCAGCAGUCUCCGAGCGCUGCCUCAGUUUUAAGCGGUACAUUUCCAAUAGGAUGCGCCAUGUUUGCCACGCUCGGUGGUGCAUUCUUGAUGAAGACGUUCCGGCCUUCUGCUCGUAUACUUACGGCCAUCAUCUUUGCAACGGAGCUGAUAACAGCGCUGAUAUUCAUCUCGCUCAUGGCUUUCAGCUGCCCUCAGCCGCCAUUGAGAGAAAAGGGCGAACUCAGAUCAAGGUUGGAUCUUGUAAACAGUUGCAACCAGAACUGUUCGUGUGCGACUGAGGUGUUUCAUCCAAUAUGCGAAGGCAAAACAACUUAUUUUUCUCCUUGUUUCGCCGGAUGUUUCACCAAGGGAACAAACGGCACCGCGCAGAGAGGGACUUACGACAACUGUAUGUGCGUCGACGCAUUCGACAAUGACGGAUUGGCCCGAAGAGCAAGGGAUGGAUUCUGUAAGAGCGACUGUCCGUUCCUGGCCUUUUACAUCCUGCUGCUGUGCAUCGCCUAUGGGUUCUCAUUCAGCACAAAGGCUGCUCAGAUAGUCAUUCCGCUCAGGUGCGUCGAUCCGUGUGACAAGGCAUUCGCUCUCGGCUUUGCGGAAGGAGUUCUGGCAUUGUUCUCGUUCCUGCCCUAUCCUCUGGUGUACGGCUCACUGGUGGACUCAACAUGCGUCGUCUGGGAGGAAAGCUGUGGUCAGCGCGGCAACUGCUGGGUUUAUGACCAACGCACGUUUAACUACUCGCUGCACGGAACGACCUUCAUUCUGCUCAUGGUCGGCGUGGGCCUCAACUUCGUCGUGUUCCUCCUCAGCGGUCGGCUCGGGAACCUCUACGGGCGAGAGAAGCGCUUCCUUGCCGACAGACGGCGAGUUCCAGCGCCCGGAGAAGUUGACCCGCAAUCUUCGUCCAGAAGGUCAUCCACGAAGGGAUCCUUCCGGAAGCUGACGAGAAAUGAGAUCUUUCACAUGGUGGCCACCAGUGAUCCCGAUGACGAAGAAUGAUAAAAGAAAGAAGAGUUGAGGGCGCCACAGUGUGGUCGCACUCACAACUCUUGGGAACAGUUCGAGUGCACGUGCUGGGUUCAUACAGCUGUAACAGUAUCCAGUCAUCUUCGCGCAAAAACAGACAAUACUCGUUCUGCGAUUUCGCCCGCCUUCAGGCCUGCCGUAAUCGACAUCGUGCUUCUGCGGCUUGAUUACGGAGACAACGCGGUUUAAGUGGACAUUUAGUAUCAAGCAUUGUGCUCUCUUAACAAAUUCAAACUACCUUUCAGCUCUAAACGUCUGCUGUCUGCAAUGGCGAGCCACUCUGCAAGGAAUUCUUUGCAGUACCUAUUCACCCAAUUACUGAUGAGCAGAAAACAACGUUUGGCAGGAUUGUGGUAUUGUACCUUGAUGAGGCGCUUUGUUUGCGCAUAUACGCUGCAUGCUGUCUUACACCACAAACUGAGAAUAACUGCUACUGAUAAGCAAUCAUGUUUUCUUUACGAUAAAGUAGACAGGAGCGGCUUCUCGAGAUGUACAUUUAUCUUGCAUGUUGAAUGACUAUAAACUAAGUACUUUGGUUGUGAUCCACCGUCAA